CUCAGUUCGCGCAGUAACAAAUGAAGUGCGCGCUGCGACACCUCCUAGCUCGCCAGGCUCGUCCGCCAUUUCUUCGCCUGGCCUAACGGUCCGGCCAAUCCCAGCGUGCAUCGAGAAGGGCUAAGGCUCCGCCAAUCGGAGGCCGCCGAUUCCGACCCCCUUGCCUCGGCUCGGCCCAAUCCAGGCCUCGGACCCGUCGCCCCCGGCCCGCCCCCGCGGCGCCCUCUCUCCUCCCUCUUUGUGCGUCUCGCGCCGCCGCCGCCCGCCGCGUGAGAGGACGGGUUCCGCGCGCUCCGCGGCAGCGCAGUCGGGUCCCCUCCCCCCGGAAGGUUCGCGAAGAAGAAGCCGCCGCCGCCGCCACCUGAAAGGAGCCACCGGUGCCGGUCCCCGGGGGCACCAUGGCGACCGGAGCGAACGCCACGCCGCUGGGUAAGCUGGGCCCCCCCGGCCUCCCCCCCCUUUCCGGGCCCAAAGGGGGCUUCGAGCCGGGGCCACCGCCUGCUCCCGGGCCUGGGGCGGGGCUGCUGGUGCCCGGGGCGCCGCCGCCCCCGCCCGUGGGCUCGGUGGGGGCCCUGACCGCGGCCUUCCCCUUCGCGGCGCUGCCGCCGCCGCCACCGCCGCCGCCCCCGCCUCCCCAGCAGCCGCCGCCGCCGCCGCCCUCCCCAGGCUCCUCGUACCCGCCGCCGCAGCCUCCCCCUCCGCCGCCGCUCUACCAGCGCGUGUCGCCGCCGCAGCUGCCGCCACCCCAGCCGCCGCGUCAGGACCAGCAGCCGGGCCCGGCCGGCGGCGGAGGAGACUUCCCAAGUAAGAAGCGGAAGAGGAGCCGAUGGAACCAAGAUACGAUGGAACAGAAGACGGUGAUUCCAGGAAUGCCUACGGUUAUCCCCCCUGGACUUACUCGGGAACAAGAAAGAGCUUAUAUAGUGCAACUGCAGAUAGAAGACCUGACUCGUAAACUGCGCACAGGAGACCUGGGCAUCCCCCCUAACCCUGAGGACAGGUCCCCUUCCCCUGAGCCCAUCUACAAUAGCGAGGGGAAGCGGCUUAACACCCGCGAGUUCCGCACCCGCAAAAAGCUUGAAGAGGAGCGGCACAACCUCAUCACGGAGAUGGUUGCCCUCAACCCUGAUUUCAAGCCGCCUGCAGAUUACAAACCUCCAGCAACACGGGUGAGCGAUAAAGUAAUGAUUCCACAAGAUGAGUAUCCAGAAAUCAACUUCGUGGGGCUGCUGAUUGGGCCCAGAGGGAACACCUUGAAGAACAUAGAGAAGGAAUGUAACGCCAAGAUUAUGAUUCGGGGAAAAGGGUCUGUCAAAGAAGGGAAGGUUGGGCGCAAAGAUGGCCAGAUGUUGCCUGGAGAAGAUGAACCACUUCAUGCCCUGGUUACCGCCAACACCAUGGAGAAUGUGAAGAAAGCUGUGGAACAGAUAAGAAACAUCCUGAAGCAGGGUAUUGAGACCCCUGAGGACCAGAAUGAUCUACGGAAGAUGCAGCUUCGGGAGUUGGCCCGUUUGAAUGGGACCCUUCGAGAGGAUGAUAACAGGAUCUUAAGACCUUGGCAGAGCUCAGAGACCCGCAGCAUUACCAAUACCACAGUGUGUACCAAGUGUGGAGGGGCUGGCCAUAUUGCUUCCGAUUGUAAAUUCCAAAGGCCUGGUGACCCCCAGUCAGCUCAGGAUAAAGCACGGAUGGAUAAAGAGUAUUUGUCUCUCAUGGCUGAACUGGGCGAAGCCCCUGUGCCAGCGUCCGUGGGCUCCACCUCUGGGCCCGCCACCACGCCCCUGGCCAGUGCGCCUCGGCCUGCUGCUCCCGCCAACAACCCACCUCCCCCGUCUCUCAUGUCCACCACCCAGAGCCGCCCGCCCUGGAUGAAUUCGGGCCCUUCAGAGAGUCGGCCCUACCAUGGCAUGCACGGAGGUGGUCCUGGUGGGCCCGGAGGUGGCCCCCACAGCUUCCCACACCCGUUACCUAGCCUGACAGGUGGGCACGGCGGACAUCCCAUGCAGCACAACCCUAACGGACCCCCACCCCCUUGGAUGCAGCCGCCACCACCACCGAUGAACCAGGGCCCCCACCCACCUGGGCAUCAUGGCCCUCCUCCAAUGGAUCAGUACCUGGGAAGUACGCCUGUGGGCUCUGGGGUCUAUCGCCUGCAUCAAGGAAAAGGUAUGAUGCCACCGCCGCCUAUGGGCAUGAUGCCGCCGCCGCCGCCGCCUCCCAGUGGGCAGCCCCCGCCCCCUCCCUCUGGCCCUCUUCCCCCAUGGCAGCAGCAGCAGCAGCAGCCUCCGCCACCCCCUCCGCCCAGCAGCAGUAUGGCUUCCAGUACCCCCUUGCCAUGGCAGCAAAAUACGACGACUACCACCACGAGCGCUGGCACAGGGUCCAUCCCGCCAUGGCAACAGCAGCAGGCGGCUGCCGCAGCUUCUCCAGGAGCCCCUCAGAUGCAAGGCAACCCCACUAUGGUGCCCCUGCCCCCCGGGGUCCAGCCGCCUCUGCCGCCCGGGGCCCCUCCCCCUCCGCCGCCUCCGCCGCCUGGUUCCGCCGGCAUGAUGUAUGCCCCGCCCCCUCCUCCUCCGCCUCCCAUGGACCCUUCUAACUUUGUCACCAUGAUGGGCAUGGGGGUGGCGGGCAUGCCGCCCUUCGGGAUGCCUCCAGCUCCCCCACCGCCUCCACCACAGAACUAGACUCGGUUUUUUUAAGAAAAUAUAUAUUAUAUAGAGAGAGAAUUGGUCUCGUUUAAACACACGCCGAACCUCACCAUAUGGAGCCAGACAUUGGGAUGCACGCAUGUGAUUGGUGUGCACGCAUGUGUGUGUGUGCACGCACCGGGCUGGGCCAAGCGACUGAGGACUCGCUUGGGAACGGGCAGGUGGUAGUAGGGGCGCCAGCUUGGGCUCUCCUGGCGCCCCGUAGCAUCGAGUGUCUUCUUUGUCUUCUUUCUCUCCUCACCCAACUCCCUUUGCCUCUCCCCAAACCGGGCCGCCAGGAUCCCUCCCCGCGGCGGCGAUGGCCCGAGCCAUGAGAGUGAGGACUUUCCGCGCCCAUUGGUGACCCUUCCAGGCAGACAGCCUCAGCAGCGCCCCUGGUGGACAGGAUGGUUCGGCAAAGCAGCCUGAGUUAUUUUUGUGGACGGAAUCGGAACACGCUGGCUCCAUAUCGUGAAAUUUUUAUUAAUUUUUUUCUUUUUCCUUUGUUAUUUCCUGAUCUCUUCCUUUCUUCAGACUCCGUCCAAGGAGAUGCUCUUCCCCGAUCUUCUGCUGCAAUUAGAUUCCUUUCCUUUUUCUCCGUUCCUUGUUCUUCUCUUCCUAAGGAGAGGAGGGAGCAAAUGGUUUUAGGCGCAAGCUUUAGCCGUUGAUGUCAGGCUAGUUGCGGGGGUGGGGCGGGAGGGGGGGGUUCUUUGGUUCUAAAAUUUUCAAGGUUGCCAUGACCACCCCAGAGACUUUUUUUUUUGUUCUUUCUGUAGUGUGAGAUUUUUGUCUUUGCCACCUUUGUAGAGAAGUGGGUUCAUUUCCAGGUUCUGGGUCGACACCUAUCCCGGCACCCUUGCCAGCGUUAGGUGGAGCCACCCAAGCCACCUUGGGCUCGUCUGCCACCCUGGAGAGUCCUUUCCAUGCUCCCUGAGCAUCUAAGCUGCCUCAGAUUCCAUUUGUUCCUCUCCUUCCUGGAAGGUUUCCUUUUAAAUUUUAUUUUAAUCCCAAACGUCUGAAUGUUUUGCAGUGUCUAAGGGUUUGAGCCCCUCGUUUUUCGUUCUACUUCCUUUUUCCUCCCCUUCCCUCUUCAUGGAGUGAUUAUGUUGACAAUAAUGUAUAAUGCGCGUUCUCUUCACUGGUUUAUCUGCAGAAAUUUCUCUGGGCUUUUUUUUCGGUGUAUGAUUCAACACUGCGUUAAAGGGGGGUGUUCCAUUGAAUAAAAGAGCAGUGUGGUUUUC